AUGUAUCAGUCAUCCUUUCUCCCUAACUAUCUAUCUAUCUAUCUAUCUAUCUAUCUAAAUACAGGCCUCAGAUCAUCUACAUCCGCCAUUGGCUUCUUCACCGUACACCAUCAUCGCUACUCUCCCAGCCUGUCCAUAUUAUUACUUGUCUGCUCGUCUAUGUCUUUCAUAACAUUAUACAGCAGACAACCAAUCUGCAAUCGCUCAAUCAACAGACUUUUGAUUCUUCUUCCUCGUGAUCAUCUCCUUUCCAAGCUCAAUCAACAGACUUUGAUUCUUCUUCCUCCUCAAUCAACAGACUUUGAUUCUUCUUCCUCAACAGACUUUCAUUCUUCUUCCUUUCCAAGCUCAAUCUUUGAUUCUUCUUUCCUCCUCAGUCAACAGACUGUGAUUCUUCUUCCUCGUGAUCAUCUCCUUUCCAAGCUCAAUCAACAGACUUUGAUUCUUCUUCUACCUCAAUCAACAGACUUUGAUUCUUCUUCCUCGAUCAUCAUCCUUUCCAAGCUCAAUCAACAGACUUUGAUUCUUCUUCUCACUUUGAUUCUUCUUCCUCGUGAUCAUCUCCUUUCCAAGCUCAGUCAACAGACUUUCUUCUUUCUCUCCUUUCCAAGCUCAGUCGACUUGAUCCUCCUCAGUCAACAGACAGUUCUUCUUUCUCGUGAUCAUCUCCUUUCCAAGCUCAGUCAACAGACUUUGAUUCAUCUCCUUUCCAAGCUCUCUUUGAUUCUUCUUCUCGAUCAUCUCCUUUCCAAGCUCAAUCAACAGACUUUGAUUCUUCUUCCUCCUCAAUCAACAGACUUUGAUUCUUCUUCCUUGAUCAUCUCUCUUUCCAAGCUCAAUCAGACUUUGAUUCUUCUUCCUCCUCAAUCAACAGACUUUGUUCUUCUUCUUCCUCGUGAUCAUCUCCUUUCCAAGCUCAGUCAACAGACUUUGAUUCUUCCUCGUGAUCAUCUCCUUUCCAAGCUCAAUCAACAGACUUUGAUUCUUCUUCCUCUUGAUCAUCUCCUUUCCAAGCUCAAUCAACAGACUGUGAUUCUUCUUCCUCCUCAAUCAACAGACUUUGAUUCUUCUUCCUCGUCUCCUUUGCUCAUCAACAGACAUUCUUCUUCCCUUUCCAAGCUCAGUCAACAGACUUUGGUUGCCUUCCUCGUUCUUCUUCCAGUCGACUUUGAUCAUCUCCUUUCCAAGCUCAAUCAACAGACUUUGAUUCUUCUUCCUCCUCAGUCAACAGACUUUGAUUCUUCUUCCUCGUCAUCUCCUUUCCAAGCUCAGUCUUUGAUUCUUCUUCCUCCUCAAUCAACAGACUUUGAUUCUUCUUCCUCUGAUCAUCUCCUUUCCAAGCUCAAUCAACAGUCUUUGAUUCUUCUUCCUUUGAUCAUCUCAUUUCCAGCUCCUCUUGAUCAUCUCCUUUCCAAGCUCAGUCAACAGACUUUGAUUCUUCUUCCUCCUCAGUCAACGACUUUGAUUCUUCUUCCUCUUGAUCCAUCUCCUUUCCAGAAACUCAGUCAUUCUUCUUCCUCCUCAAUCAACAGAGAUUCUUCUUCCUUGAUCAUCUCCUUUCUCAAUCAACCGAUUUUGAUUCUUCUUCCUCAGUCAACAGACUUUGAUCUUCUUCUCGUGAUCAUCUCUUUCCAGCUCAUCCAAGCGAGCUUUGAUUCUUUCUUCCUCGUGAUCAUCUCCUUUUCCAAGCUCAAUCAACAGACUUUGAUUCUUCUUCCUCGAUCAUCUGAUCAUUUCCAGUCAUUUCCAAGCUCAAUCAACAGAUUCUUCUUUGAUUCUUCUUCCCCUCGUGAUCAUCUCCUUUCCAAGCUCAAUCAACAGACUUUGAUUCUUCUUCUCCUCAAUCAACAGACUUUGAUUCUUCUUUCUGAUCAUCUCCUUUCCAGCUCAAUCAACAGAAUUAUUCUUCCUCCUCAAUCAACAGACUUUUUGAUUCUUCUUCCUCUUGAUCAUCUCCUUUCCAAGCUCAGCCAGCAGACUUUGAUUCUUCUUCCUGAUCAUCUCCUUUCCAAGCUCAGUCGGCAGACUUUGAUUCUUCUUCCCUCCUCAAUCAACAGAUUCUUCUUUGAUCAUCUUCUUCCUCGUGAUCAUCUCCUUUCCAAGCUCAGUCAACAGACUUUGAUUCUUCUUCCUUGA